AUGGCUUCCAAGCAAGAGAAUGGGAUUCGGGACGUGACACGGGAAAACGGUCCUCAAGACCAUGCCAAAAACUCCAAAAGGACUCCCCUGCCCUUCCGCCAGAAAGUUUCGUCCUGGCGAUGGAUGACGGCCAUGAUUGUCUGGUUCGGGUUCAUCACCAGUACCCUCAUGCGUAACUCGUUCAACAUGGCGCUGGUGUGCAUGACAGGAAGUACACCCCGACCCCGAGAGGGAGAGAACAUAACCCAACAGUCGAUGUACACCACGAACAUCACAUCAAACACAUCAAAUGAAUCGAUCCCACCCCCAGGCGAGUUCGACUGGGAUGAAUCCACCCAGGGCAUCAUCCUCUCAUCCGUCCUAUACUUUGGCUUCUUGGCUCCCGCCAUCAGUGGCUUCAUUUCCAAGAAAUUCGGCGCCAAGAGAGUUGUGGGAAUCAGCAUGACUAUCAGUUCGGUGAUGAACCUUCUCACCCCCUUCGGUGCCCGAGGUCACAUGUACCUGCUCAUUGGCAUGCGGGUCAUCAUUGGCUGCUUUUCGGGAACGAUUCUGCCGGCUACCCAGGAGCUGUGGGGUCACUGGGCCCCUGACCAGGAGAAGGUGCAGCUUGUGUCCUGGACAUUGUCCGGCGUCAACAUAGGGAGUCUGGUGUCCUCCCUUAUUUCCGGGUUCCUCUGCACUAUCCCAAUAGACAAUGGAUGGCCUUUCGUCUUCUAUGUGUUUGGAGGUGUCAGCUUGUUGUGGUGCUUGGUGUGGUGGCUGGUGGUCUACGACACUCCUGCCGAACACAAGUGGAUCUCGGACACCGAAAAGAAGUAUAUCAAAGAUAAUAUCAGAACGGUGCCAGAUAAGAGCACAUUCAUCCCGUAUAAAAGCCUGAUAACAUCAGUUCCUCUGUGGGCGUUCAUCUGUAUCCAAACAGUACACAUGUGGUGUGCAACCAUCUUCUUCACGUACCUUCCCAAGUACAUGAGAGAUGUCCUCCGGUUCCCCAUAGAACAAAAUGCCAUCGUUUCCUCUGUGCCCUUCGCAUCGAGGUUUAUGGGAGUCAUCUUCUGGGGCUUCGUGUCUGACAAGAUGUCAGAACGGAAUAUAAGCACCACGGUCAACAGGAAAACCAUCCAAUCAGUUGGAUUUCUGUCGUGUGCUGUUAUCACUGUGGGUAUUGGUUACAUCGGCGAAGAUAAGAAAGUAACCGGCGUGAUCCUGUUUGUUAUCACCAUGUUUUUCCAGUCUUGCACCUUUGCCGCAUCCUCCAUAGUCCCACUUGAUAUGGCACCCAGAUUAGCGAGCGUUAUCACGGGUAUGUUUGUCGGGGUGGGAGCCUUUGUGUCGAUAUUUGCUCCCAUAACCGUGUCCAGUUUGACACCUGAUGGUACCCUGGAUCAGUGGCGAUCUGUGUUCUUCAUGAUAAUUGGGUGCUAUGUUGUCGGAGUAACAGUUUUUGACGUAUUUGGAAGUGCCGAGUUGCAGCCCUGGGGAAAGAGCCUUUCUGUUGACAUAAUAAAGCCGCCAGAGGGAGCACCAGACAAACGGAACCCGGAUGGUGCAGCAAACGAAAUUGUCGGUCAAGACGCCAUAAAAAAAGGGCCGGCAAGAAUUCUCAUUGAGCGACAAGUUAGCGUUAUUUCAACCCAUUCUUUGAGAAGCAUCCAUUCGAACGCAUCUGCUAUCCUUGCUCCUGUUGUGGUGAAGUCGGCGUAUUUCUUGGACGAUGACAAUGACGAAGACGAUGACGUGUUUGUCAAUGAGGUUAACCACAGAAACACAGACAUCAAGGACGGGAGUGUUAAUUUCGGGUAUAUUGGUGACGUGAACACCGAGGAGGAGAACACCCGUCUGUAA